UAAUGGACGCAGACAUAUUUAGAGAAAUGUUUCCUUAGGAUUAUAUGAAAAGAUUUUUAGAGAAAAAUGUUAGAAUAGAUGGAAGAUAAUUUAAAUAGGCUAGAUAGAUUGUUAUAGAAUUUGGAGAAGGAUUUACUAAUUAUUAAUAUGCUGAUUGUUUCAUUUCAGUCAAACAUAUAAUUCGGGAGAUAGAAUUAAAGGAAGUAGAUCUAAAUUAAUGCAUCAGUAUUAGUAUUUAAUGAGAUUAAGAAUUAUCAAUAAAUAUGGAUAAUCAAGAAGAUUUAAGUAAUCUAGAUAAAGCCAGAAUAGAAAAACAUUAUCUGAAUUAAAUUCAAGAUAUUGUGAUCCAGAUUGUAGAUCCUUAAAGAUUGAGAACUUAAAAUGAUAAAGUUUCAUAAAUUGAAUUAUUUAUCAGAGUAGCUGGGGCAGAUGGUUCAUUAUUAUCUCAUCUAAUAAAUUGUGUUUCCUUUUCCUUAUAAUAAAGUAAAUUUUAAUGAAUUAACAUAUUAGUUAAACAAUUUGAUUCUAAAAUGUCGAUAAUUUAUAAAGAAAUCAAAUGUUCAACUUUUGGUGUUUUUGAAGAUAAAAUUCUUGUGGAUCCAUCUGAUUUUGAAGAAAAGAAUAGUUCAAUUAUAACUGUGAUUUCCUUUUUGGAUGAUGAACAGUUUAUUUUUAAGAAGUAUGACGGUAAAUCACUGAAUUAUAAUUAAAUAUAAUAAAUAAUUUAAUCAUUUUGA